ACACCGAUACUUUGAAGAGAGAACGUGCCUGCGUAUGCAGUCAGCGCUCCCUGUCGCAAUCAAUCGAUCAGCGGAAGUCUCCGUAAAUUACUUCCGACCUGACGCAUUGGAAAGGACUUGGCGUCCUGCGACGGCGUGCCACCCAGAUUUCGUUUAUUUUUGGCUUGGAGUGACGCGUUCCUGUGCUCACCAAUGGCAAGCUGCGCGGGUCAUCCUUGCAAAACAGCAAUCUGCUCGCCCUGUUGAGCAAGGAAAAGGAUCGCAGUAGAGAGAUGAAGGCUCGCAGUGGGCUAUAAAAGGCAGGCCAAAUUUGUACACUCAUCAGUUUCAUCAACAAUCUUCGGCCUCAACAUCAUGCAGAUCAAGCAGAUCGUGCUCGCACUUCCCUUCGUCGCCUCUGUGGCCAAGGCUGCUUCCACUGGCAGAGGCGGAAUCCUCAUUGCUCGCGACGAUGCCAUCCGCUCUGGCCUCUAUGUUCGUGAAGACCCGCCUGAGGAUAAGCUGACAUGCGGCACGGCCGGUGAUGCACCUCUUGCCAAGUGCAAGCAGAUUGUCGAGCAGCGUCUCCCCAUCGGCCGAAGCAACACUUGCAAUGUCGGCAUUGGCGGCUCAAAGAACAACGUGCUCGUCUGCGCUGGCACUGACGGUGGUGACGGCACCGACGACUGCUGCGUCUACGCUUCCGAAUCUGACCAGACGGACGACUACAUCUACUCGUCAAUCCAGAAGGUAAUCGAUGGCUGCGGCGCCCCGCAAAACCCUGACAAGGAGGGUGGCACGGUCAACGGCCGCUUCCAGGGUUCGGCAGGCAACAUCUGCGUCGCCGACGGAAACGCGUGCACCGACUGCAACACGUAAUUUCGGUCGCUUCCUCUUCUCACACGACUUCAUCGAUGCUGCUCCUCUCUCAGCCGGCUUCCUUGCUCGGCUGAUCCUCCUCCGCCCCCUUCCUCCUCUGCAGCUGAGCCUGGCAUUUUGCUCGGUGCUUCUCGUUCC